ACGUAAAAGUGCCGCGUGUAUUUUUAGCAUGUUAUGAGGGAAAACGUAACGAUCGUUUCUAUCAAAGAUGCCCGUCGUUGCACUGGCCGAAUCAAUGAAAAUUGAUUACAUUUUCGAAUCUCAUCGUUUCAGCAGAUUUAAAUAUAAAUCCGCCAAUUUCUACCCAAGUAUAAAUACGGUGAAAGAUAAAGGCUAAGAAGGGAACUUGAGAUAAGUCAUGAAUUUCAGCAGCAUAGAACGCCGUCGUAAUGAUUUAAAAUAGUGAACGAGGCUCAGGGCGCCAUCUUGGCACGCGCCAUCUGGAUAGCGCGAGUGAAAAGUUUACGGUGGCAAAAUAUUGAAAAAGUGUUUGAAAACAUAAAUAUUUCCUUGAAAUCGGGUGUUCAGAAGUGAACAAAAUAUCUAUGGACGAUCGUCUGAUACUGUAUAAUAUACAGAGUUGUAUUCUUCUCACCAUUGAUGUAUUAUGGCUAUAUUUGAGAAGACCUAACCUCGGCAAAGAAAAAUGAGUGCCUCUGAGGAGGGAAUGAUAUAUUUUGCCUACCAAGGCGACGACUAUGACGAUGAUAGGGGUAGCAAUUUACCAGGAGCAUCCACCGAACAGCUGAUAACAUUGGGAGAAUCCAAAGGGAAGCCCGAUGGAACAACUAGGGACACCGUCAAUGAUGCCGUAACAGACCACGACUACAUCGAUCUCAUUCAGGAUAAGCAAAUUGACCAAUUGUCUAACAUUGAGGAUGGAACGAUAAUCAUUAUACAUGAUCAGGAUGAAGUUGACGAGAGCGCUUCACCAAACCCUGUGGUUGUUGCUCCGCCUAAGGAACAGCAAACAUUUUCUCAAAUUACAAAUUUAUCACAAUUAAAGAAAGUAACGCCUCGAUUAAAGUUGCCUAGUUCUGAGCAAAAUUUAGUGAAGGGAUUAGCCGAGUUGAGGAAAAUGAAUACUCAAUUACGAGACAAACGAACUGCGGCAAUAUCAGAUGAGGCUAAACAACAGUUGAAAAAGUAUUGCCGGACUUGCGCGGGAUUGAAACUUCCACUGGUAGAUAUAUUCAGCGACAAAGGUAUGCAGAUGCGACUUAAUCAGCAAAUGAAACAUUUAGAGGACAUAGAUCAAAAUGAUAGUUUAUCAACGCAAAUGUGUAUGGAUUGCAUAUGCGAUUUGAAAAUGAGUUACAAAUUUUUCAUGCAAAUUAAAAAGGCAGAGUUUAAACUAAAGUCUAUGUACACGGCACUCAGUGAGCCCUUGGGUAAUGAACGACCCUCUUCGAAGGAGUUACAAUCUAGCGAAACGAGCAAAAUUAUCACUUGGAACACUCCCGUAGUAAAGAUUGAAAAAGAUGUGCACACUUACGCUAAGAAAAAGACAAAUAAUACUGCAAGUGUACCUAAAUCCGUUGGACCGCCCAAAAUGUCCUCAUUUCGUUCACUGCAAGAGAAUUCUAAUACUGCAAAAUUGCUCCCAAUUAAAUUGAAAGAGGAACCGUUAUCAGUUUCAGAGAAUGAGGGCACAGCAGAUAGGUUCGAAGAUGUCACAGAUCCUAAUCGCAACGACGACAAUGAAUCAAUCGAGGAAUUCGACCCAGAAGAUCUACCACUACAUGCGGAUAGCUCUGAAUAUGAUGGGUCUAAUGACGAACGUGAUGAGCCUGAAUUCCAGAAGGUUAAAAAAGCAUAUACUGAGUCUGAAUCACACAAGGGAGAACUCUCGGCAACCCCUGCAGUAUAUCAAUACGAUGAUACAAAAAAGGCCUAUGUUAAAUACGAGGCUGGAGACAGUAAAGAAAAUCUGCGUAACCCAGUGAAACAGGUAAUAAAAACAGAAACCGAAGAGGAUGUCACUGAUUCAAAAGAACAGCCAAACAUAUUAAAGAAAAGACUGUCGGUACCUCUUACGUCCAAGUCAGUCCUGGAUGCUGUAGAAACCGGUCUUUCGGUAGAUUUGAAUAGUUCUACCAUCUCAGAAAAAACCCUGCAAAAGUUGAGUGUGAAUCAUCCGAUGAGCAUUGGUUCUAAAGACGAAGAUGGAAUUAUGUAUGUAACAGUUAAAGGAUCCAAGCCAAAUGAAUUGUUAUUGGUAAAAGUUAAAAAAAUGGACAAGCCAGGAGAAAAGACCGAAGAUACAAAUCUCUCCCAUACAGCGAUCGAUAUGAAACCAGUAGACAGAAUGCUGAAAAAGUAUGAGGCAUUGAAAAUGAAAGAAAAAGAUUUGUUUUCCGAUAAAUUUCGAAAACCUGACAUCAGAGAGCAAAUAAUAGAGGAACAAAUAGAAGAAUAUAAAAGAAGAAGAGAACAAGUUCUAGGCUCCAAUAGUACGAUGACCACCGACAAUGGAUCAUUCAAAUCAAUAAAAACAGAAGGGAAAUCGACAUAUCGCACAUAUUCUCAAAAUACUGGAGAAGAAAGUUGUACCAUAAAAAUAAAAGACGAUCCAGGUGAUUUGGAGGCUUGCGAAGAAAAUCCAUGUAACGAAGAGUCUCGGGCAGAUGGUGAAAAAUCAGACGAGUGCCACUCAUCAACGGAUAAACCUUACCCAAGUUCUGAGGAUUACUUGGCUAGGUUGGCUCGACUUGAACAAAAAUGGGAAGAGGCUAAGCAGAAACGAGAAUCUUUGCAAAAAGAAUUUGAUGAAUCGUGUAUUGAGGGUAACCAGGAAAAAUUGGAACGAAUAUUGGGAGAAAAGGACAAAAAUUUGAAAGAGUUUGAGGAUUAUUUGAAACAGAGAAAGAUUGUGAUAAAUAGAUUGAAAGAUGAAGAUAUAAUAUCACUGUACGAGAAUAGGCACAACAUGGUGAUGAAAGAAGAUGUAGAGUUGUCGCAGAAUUCUGGUGAUGAUAUGUUUGUUAUUGAAGAAACAAUUCCCCUUGAAGAUUAUUUGGAAUGUGAUUAUUGUCCAGCUACAUUUCCUUUCAACGACGUGCUUCAAGAACACAUGAAGACGCACGAUUACAAAAUACUGCACUAUUGUGAAGACUGUAACACAGAAUUCUCAACUAACAAAGCAAGAAAAAAUCACAACAUUACGUGCAUGCAAAAGUUGAUAUGCAAAUACUGCGAAUUGAUGUUAGAUUCAAAGGGUAAAAAACGACAGCAUGAACAGAAACAUUGCGACAGUAUGUAUGGCCAGCUAUGCGAUUACUGUGGGGAAAAAUUCAAACAUCAAGGAACGCUGGAUCAGCACAUUAAAAUGCAGCACAUGAGCUGGGAAAAAGUAUUUCAGUGUCCGAAAUGCCCUAAAAAGUUUGCAUUCAAGCAGAAGUUGAGCUUUCAUGUAAAAUCUGUCCACACAACACUGAGAGCUUUUCUCUGCGAGGAUUGUGGUGCAGAUUUUAAAAAUCCUGCAAGUCUACGGCACCAUAGGAUUCGCAAACAUCAGCCUGUGGGUAACAAAAGAGAAUGUACAGUUUGCCACAAACUGGUGCCAUUUUAUAGUCUGUCUAAGCAUAUGCAUACACACAAAGCUUACACCAUACAAUGUCCGCACUGCGAUAAGAUGUUCAAAAACAGUUCAACGCUGAAGCAACACGUUAGAAUUCAUGAGGACCAAAGACAAUACAGAUGCGAUAUUUGCGGUGUAGGAUUUAAUCGAAGAGACGGUUUAAGACUGCACAUGAGAGUGCACGAGAAAACCGAUAGUCGGGGUUUGAAGGAAUGCUCGUGCCAAGUAUGCGGCGAGAAAUUCCCGAAUCAUUCGAUGCUUGUGAUUCACAGGAACAGAGUUCACAAGGAUGGAAGACAGUACACUUGUCACAUCUGUAACAGAUCAAUGAUCUCCCCUCGGUCUUUGGAAUGGCACAUGUCUCACAUUCAUAAUCAGGCUCUGCCUGGUGAAGUGAAGUCGGAUCCGUUAGCACCUACUGAAAAGAAACGAGUAACUUGUUACCAUUGCGAAAAAACUUUUAAGACAGAAAUGAUUUUACGUACUCACAUUAAAAAUACGCAUGUUAAAAAGGAUCCUAUGAAAUGCGCCGAGUGCGAUGAGGUGUUCACGUCAGAGGUCAGAAUGCGACACCAUAUGAUGGUGGUGCACAAUAGGCUCGAGGGAACAUUGCCAUGUCCGCAUUGUCCGAAAAGAUUUGUUAAUCAACUUCGAUUAAAAACGCACAUGAUCUCACAUUCUGAAGAGAGACCGUACACAUGCGAGAUAUGCGGCUUUAAUCUGAAAACUAAAAUUCAGUUAAUAAAACAUCAUCAAAAUAGACACAGUGACGAACGACCAUUGCAAUGCAGAUUUUGUCCAUGGAGAUGCAAACAAGUCAGUGCUCUUGUUUGUCAUGAAAGAACGCACACUAAUGAAAGACCCUACGCCUGCAGUGUUUGCAGACAACGCUUCAAGUAUCUGGGUGACAAAAAUAAGCAUGAAAGAAGACAUGAAAGUUUGGGAGGAUCAGGAUUCAAGAGAAUUGUAACAGGCAGAAAUACAAAACAGCCAAAAAUACAAGCAGUGGAACUUACUUCCUGCUCCGAGCAAGAUCAGGAAGACUACGAGCAAGCUCAAGCUCAUUAUGGUAAUGAAGACCAAACCGACGAUCAGUAUGUGGAUGAAAAGAUGGAGAAAUACGAGCCCGAGGAUAUGGGAGAAGAAUACGAACAGGCAUAUGAUCAGGACUACGAGACCUCGAGAGAGGCUUCGGAAGCGGCGGAAGUUAUAAUGAACAUGGAAGAUGGUACGGUAUACACCGAGGAAGUGACUGCGGAGAACCUCGAGAGUGCGGAGAUUAUAACUGACGAAAUGACGGAUCAAAUCCUGCAGUCUGGAACAGUUGUACAUUUUCAACAGCAAGUUGAUACUGGAAAAAUACAAGUUAUUCCAGUUAUGUUAUCUUUGCCGGACCUAACUGAUGCCAAUUCUGAGGUUAAUCUUGCUACAGCUUCUAUUAUGUACAAUGCCAACGAAGAUGGAGUCCUAUAGAGGCGUAUGGCCUGUAGGCUAUUUGAAGCAAAAAAAUAGGACUUCAUCUUCGUUGACAAUGCUCAAUAAGAGAAUAUUACCUAUUGAGUAGGUCGGGUGAAAAUAUAGACUACAGAAUACUUACAGUUUCAAUGUUGCGAAUAAUGUUUUAGUGAAUUGAAUUUCAUUACAUUAGAUAUGGAACUGCAUAUCAAACUUAUACUAUCUAUUCUUUGCUCUCCGCAAUUUCUGCACACUUUCAAUUCCAUACGGUUGUAAAUUUGUUCAGAUUAUUAUUACGCUUGCUGAACAUAAUGAAGCAGCAUACACAUUUAUUUUAUUUAAGACGACUGAACUUAUUUCUCCGUAAACUUUGCAUGCAGUUCUAAGUUUAAUUACAGAUUGUUAAUAAUUAUUUAGCAGCUGUAGUAAAGGUGAUUCAAAAUCUUGCAAUUCUUUUAACGUUUUGACUUUAGUUGAGUAUUGGUAAAAGUGUUGUUAAAUAUACCUUCUUUUUCGUUUUCUUCAAAGAAAGGCAUUCGUUAUGCUCUCCUGAAAGUCGAUGAAAGAAAGAAUUAAAUUUUUCUGCAUAUUAUCUGAUAUCCAAUGAGUUGCAAAAGAUCGCCUUCUUUGUAAAUAUUAAGUAUUUGUAAGCAAAUCAUUCGGUGAAUCUAUCAAAUAUAUAGGUAUAACAAAAUCUAUAAUAUUGAUAUUCAUGUUUUUGGUAUAAUUGCUGCUGAAACAUGUUGAGAUAGCUACUUAUGAUAUAUUGAUAGGCAUGUCUACCGUGCAUAUAUUUCUGCAACUAACAUACCUAUGUAUUGUACUAAAUAUAAUAGCGUCUAGUAAAAAAAUAUCGUUGCACCAUACAUGAACUAGGUUACUAGUUAAUAUUUGUUUAAGUGUUGUCAGCAAAAUUAUAGUUUUUAUAUGACAAGCUUAAUCUCUGAGCCUGUAAAUAUGUUUCUGUGCUAUCUCCAUGAAGAACUUGACUGGUUUGUAGUUUUUGACACGUAGCACAAAAAUGGUACUUGUGGCAAGUGCGCACAUAAAGAUUUCUUGACUCGUGUAAGUUUUGAACUCGUCAAGAAAUCCCUAUUUUAUGCGCACUGACCAUGAAAUUAACUAUUUUUCAACUCUUUUCUUGAAACUCGAUUAACAGAAUUAUAAACAAACGUUAGUAGCAACAAACGCGUGCUCGACAGCAAAUUAGAUGAGUUUCAACACAGGCUCAUUAUAUUUAAUACGCAUAAUUGCUAUUGGUUUAGUUUCGCAACAUAUAAUAAGCUAAAAUCUUAGAUAAAGUAACAAAUACCCUUGUGAUUGUCACUAAAGUGUAUAAACAAAACGUCAAAAAUUAUUCGCACUUUGAAUAAUGAACUAGUACACAUAGAGUUCAUCAAAAAAAAAUUUGAUAGUAAAAUAUUGAAGUAACUUAUAUAUUUCAUUAUUUUGUAUAACAAGUUAAUCGUGGUAAAUAGACCCAAUAUAUUACAUUUACAUUGAUUCCGUAAUAUAUACUAAUUUUAAGAAUUAUAAAUAUUAGUUACAUUCAAAUUUUAGUGCGUAAUUUUACUCGGGGAGAAUGCAUCUCCAUUCGCGUAUUGAUUAAGUACCACUUGGGUACAUACUUCGGCUCAAGUUAUAACUGGCCUUGGCAGAGAAGAACAAUUUUCCAAUUGUAUCCAAAAAAAUUUUGAUGCAACAAUAAAAUAUUUUCAAAUA